AUGCCUUUUUAUCUUUCCUUUUUUUUAUUACUUGUUUAUAACAUUGUAAUAAAAGUAUAUGGUUGUAUUCAAAAUUUUGGAGUUACUAAAAAAAAUGAAUUAUUAUAUAUAAACAAUAAAUUUUUAUUAUGUAACAAAUGGUUUAAAAAAAAUAAAAAUAAAUAUAAAUAUAAUAUUAAUAAAUAUGUUAAUUCUAAUCUUUAUACAUCAUGUUCCAUAAGAAAUAAGAAUGUAGUUUAUUUUAAUAAAGAUAAAACAACAAUAUUUGUAAGUUUAUUAAAUUCGCCUAUUGUAGGUAUUAAAAUAAAUGAUGAUAAAUGUAAUGAGGAUGUUAUAGUACAGAAUCUCAAAGAUAAGGAAGAAAAAAAAAAUGUAAAAGAUGAUUUAAAGAAUGUAAGUAACCAUCAUAUAAAUAAUAAUAUAUAUAGUAUAAAUAAUCUUCCUUAUCUUUACAAUAAUUAUAAUUUAAUUAAUCUACAUCAUAAUGAAGAACCCUUUGGCUUUUCCCCACAAUUUAAUAAUUAUUCAAUGUUAAAAGAAAAAAAAAAUAUAUAUUUUUAUAAACAUAAAAAUAAAUUAAAUGAUUGGUUAUGUACACAUUAUUUUCCACAAAAUAUAUCGUGUAGGUAUAUAAAAAAUGUACUAUUUAAUUUUAGACUUUACGAUUUUAAUAUUAAGGAAAAUAUAUUAUAUCAUUUGUGUUUAAAAUAUAUUUAUUAUAAUAAGAAUGAUUAUAUGUCGCUUGAGAAAAAAAUAAAGUUAUUAAAUAUUGUUGAUCAAAAUAAAUAUAAGUUUAUAUUAGACCAUGCAAGGGUAUUACAUAAGGUGAUAAAAAAAGAAAAAUAUAAAAUGAUGAAACAUAUAUAUAAUGAAAAAAAUAAAGAAAGAAAUGUACAUAAUAAAAUUAAUGAUGAGACACAUACAAUACCUAUUUAUAAUAUACAACAUAAUAAUAAAAAUUCAUAUGAUGAUAUUAAUUAUAAUAACAAAAUUAUUGAUACGUAUUUAAAAAUGAGAAAAAAAUUAAAUAUUCUUUUUGUAACUUUAAAAAUAGAAAAGAAACAAAAUGUAUAUAAAAUAUAUAAAAAAAUAAAAAGAAAUAUAACAUUUUAUGAUUUUUAUGAUCGAUUACUUAUUUUAAAUUAUUUUCAUAUAUCUCAUAAACAUCGUUUAGUAUUAAUGUUUUUUAAAAAAUAUAUAUACAAGUUAUUAAAUAAACAAAAUAUGUUUAUAAUAAAUUUUAUAAAUUCUUUCUUUUUUCAAAAUAAUAUUUUAUCAAAAUAUAUUAUAUAUCCAAAAAGUACAUAUAAUGAUUCUUUAUAUAGUGAUGUACAAACUUAUGAGAAUACAUAUGAACAUAUAAAAGAUAAAUACAAAUUAUAUCAUGUACCUAUAAAUACAUCGAAUUUUAUUGAGUAUUAUAUGAAAAAUUUUUUUUUUCCAUCAUAUUCACCAAUGCAUAUGAAUAAUAUGAAUAAUAUGAAUAAUAUAAAUAAUAUAAAUAAUAAUAAUAACAAUAUAUAUCAUAAUACGUUGGACACAAAAUUUUUAUUAUAUUUAAAUAUGUUACAUUCAUUUUUACAUAUGAAAAAUUAUUAUUUUAUUAAUAAAUUUAUAGAACAAUUUUGCGAGUAUUAUUCAAAAAAUAUACCUAAUCAUGUAAUAUAUGAUGAUGAUAAAUGGUCCCUUUUUAUUUUAACAUUAUCCUUUUUAAUGAGAUGUGUAUAUAUGAAAAGAAGAUUUCAUAUAAUUAAUUUGAAAGAACACCAAGAUUAUAUAAGUACACAUUAUGGAAAAGAAAGUGGUGAAUAUAAAAUGAAGGAUAUUAAAAACGAAAAAAAUCAAAUGAAAAAAAUAAAGGAAAAGAAUUAUCUUCUUCAUAAUAAAGAUGAUAAUUACUUAUCAUAUCCUAUUCAUAUUUACAAUGAGAAUAUUUUUAAUUAUGAACAAAAUUCUUGUAUGACUAAUUCUUAUGAUAAUUUAAAUCAUCAUAUAAUUUCAUAUAUUAAAAAUGUAAUAACAAACACACAUAAACAUAAUAAAAGAAAAAGUAUGUAUAAAAAUAUAUCCGUUUUAUUAUUUUUACAAUAUGUUUUUUUGCUUAAUUUAAAUAUAGACACUACUCAUUUUUUAAAUAAAAAGUCAGAUACAUAUUUUGAAAAUGGGUAUAAUUUAGGAGGUACACAUAAGGAAAAGGGUCCAUAUAAUAAGAAUGAAAAGUGUAAUAAAAAGGUUAAUUCGAAAUUUGAGAGGAUAGAAAAAAAAGAAAAUAAUAAUAAUCAAGAUGGUGACGUUAGUUAUAAAUAUUGUGAUAAUAAUAAAUAUUGUGAUAAUAAUAAAUAUUGUGAUAAUAAUAAAUAUUGUGAUAAUACCAAAUAUUGUGAUAAUAAUAAAUAUUGUGAUAAUACCAAAUAUUUUGAUAAUAAUAAUGAUGUGAAAAACAAAGGUAAGACUUAUUAUAUAUCAACUUUUUUUUCCCCACAGGACAAAAAUAUAACGAAAGAUACCUAUUUAGAUUCUAAUAAUUUUUUAUUAUCAUUUCUUAUUAAAGGAUAUAAAAAUAUUUUAAAAAGUUGCUUGCUAGAAACAAAUUCAAUAAGUAAGAGCAUGAUGUUUUAUAAUUACAACUUUGAAGAAUUAUAUUAUUUUAUGGAAACAUAUUUAGAUGAUUAUAUAAAUAAAUAUUAUUUAAUAUGUAAUGAUAAAAAUAAAGAAGAUGAAAUAAUUUUAAAUAUAAAACCUAUUUUAUAUUUGUUUCAAAUAAACAUUCUCUUUUUUUUUAAAUUAUUACAUGUAUUAGACAUAUGUAAUUAUAAAAAUAUUGCCUUGUCUAUUAUUAAUGAGUGUAAAAAAAAAAAAUGGUUUAAAAUUAUUAAUAGAAAGGUUAUAAAAUUAUUAAUAAAUAAAUUUAAACGUACAAAUAAUAAAAAUUAUAAAAAGAAUUUGUAUAUAUACUCCUUAAGAUUUAUUGAAAAUAAGGCAAUAUCUGAAUAUAUGGAUAUAUAUAAUAAAUAUAAAAUAAUAAUAAAUUCAUAUGAUAAAAAAUGUAUUAAAAAAAAUUUCUAUUCGUUCAUUGAAAAAGAUAUCAAAAUAAAUGAAAAAAAAAAAAAUUAUAAAAAAAUAAUAAAAAAUAACAAUAUUAAUAAUUAUAAUAAUAAUUAUAAUAAUAAUUAUAAUAAUAAUUAUAAUAAUAAUUAUAAUAAUAAUAAUAAUAAUAUGUCAACAAAUAAGUGUUUUAAAAUAUUUAAGAAAUAUACCAUACCAUUAAAUAUAAAACAACUCUUCUUUCUUUUUCAUCAUUUACAAAAAUUUAAUUUAAAUUAUGAAAUUAUCCUUUUAUAUAACCAUUUGUUGAAAUAUAAUAAAUAUUUUAAGAGAAAUAUGUAUUUCGACAAAGAUACAGAAAUUGUAAGAAAAAAAAAGAAAGAUAUAAAAUCUUCAAGGGAUAUAUAUAGAAAUAUUUUUUCUAUUUAUAUUAAUUCCAUUUUAAAUGUAGAUAAUUUAUUAUUAUUAAAUAAUGAGGAAGAAAUAAUAAAAAAAAUAAAAAAUAAAAAAAUAAAAAUAAAAAUAAAAAAAUUUAUAUGUCCAUCUACAUAUUGUAUCCUUUAUAAAACCCCUUUGUAUAUAUUUCUUCAUUUUAUAAAAAAGUAUAGAAACAAGAAACUACAAAUCGUACAACAAAAAUAUGAUUAUACUUGCUAUCAUCAUUUUGAUGAUGAUAAGAAUGUGAAUCCUUUACAGAAUAAUAAAUGUGUAGAAGAAGUUAAACAUAGGAAUAUAAUGCAAAAGGAGGAUCUCAUAAAAAAAGACGAUCUCAUAAAAAAAGACGAUCUCAUAAAAAAAGAUGAUCUCAAAAAAAAUGUGGAUAAUAUAAACAGUGUGAAUUACCUAAAAAAUGAUGAUAAUAUAAACAGUGUGAAUUACCUAAAAAAUGUUGAUAAUAUAAACAGUGUGAAUUACCUAAAAAAUGAUGAUAAUAUAAACAGUGUGAAUUACCUAAAAAAUGAUGAUAAUAUAAACAAUAUUAACCAUGGCUCUAUUAAUAUUAAAAAGUCCAUCGAAGAUAUAAUACGUGGAAACGAUUUCUUUAGUUCCCUUGAUGAAGAGACAUUAAAGAAAUUGAAAAAAAGUAAACUGCUGAAGAAAUUUUUUAAUGAUGCACAUAAUCCUACAUAUAAACUAUUAACAGAAAAAGAUUACAGAUUAAUAUUUUAUAUUAUAAUGAAAUAUAUACAUAAACAUAAAAUAAAAUAUACAUAUGACAUUUUAUGUAAUGAUAAAGAAAAUAAUUUAAAUAUAAAGAAAAAAAAUAAAAAUAGAAAUAAAUAUUAUAAUAAGAUAUUAUAUAUAUAUUUAUAUUUUUUAUUGACUUUAAAAUGUUAUAUGAAUAUAUAUAAAAUGGAUCAGAUAAAUUUUUUAAUUAUAAUAAAAAUAUUUUUAAUAAUGUGUGACAUGACUACUUUUGAAAAUUUUCUUUUAAUAAAUAAAAAUAAGAAAUUGAUGGAUGAUAAUAUAUUAUAUAUAAAUUCUUUAAUAAAUAAUUAUUUUUUUUUUGAUAGUUAUAAAAACAACAUAAAAGAAUUCAACGGAAAGGAUAAUAAUAUUAUAUUUCCAAUGGAAAAAGGAAUAUGUAUGGAUAUGUAUAUAAUGAAAGAUAACAAUUUAUUAAUAUAUAAUAUAAAUUAUUACAAAUUAGUUAAAAAAUUUUAUAACAUAUUUAAAAAUGAUAAAAUAUUAAAAAUAUAUUUUUUCUUCGAUUGUAGAAAAAUAUCACACACAUUAUUAAAUUUAUCAUCAAUCUUUUAUAAUUUACAAUUUUUAAACAAUCAACAAUUUGUAAAAUAUAUAUAUGAUAAAGAAGGAAUUUUAUUAUCUCCUAAAAAUAUUUAUGACAUUUCCAAGUUUGUUAUAUUUUAUGGAAAUUGCAUGCUUAAAAAGAGCAAAAUUUUUGAAUUCUUAACAUCUUCUUUUGGUAAAAAUGUUUCUAUUCAAAAAAAUGAUUUAAUUAAAGAUGCUUAUGUCUUUUUAAUCAGAGGAGAAUAA